AUGUCUGCGGCGAUCGUUGAGAAGGCGGAGAGGCUGGCCUUGGGAGAGGUGUACGUCUCGGACCGAGAAGGAUGCGACUUCGAAGGCAACGGAACGAAAGAGAAGCCUUUCAAGACAGCUUUGAAGGCUUUGCUGGCAGUGGGGAAAGAGCCGUUUCCUACAAUCUACGUGGACACCAACAAAGAAAACGAGAGAUGGGAUGUUAUUUCCAAGACUCAGUUCAAGAAUGCCCGAAAGCAGUGGCAGCGAGAGCUGUCGAAAACUGAAGCUCGAGAAAAGAAAGAGGCAGAAGAUGUGUUGCGGCGUGAAAAGAACUUGGAGGAAGCAAGGAAGAUAAUAAUUGAGGAUGAUUCUAGUCUCCCGGAACCCAAGUGUGUAAAGAUCCGUGCUCUAGAGGCCCACAGAGGGGAGAGAGUGAAAGUCUUUGGCUGGGUCCAUAGACUGCGUAGACAAGGAAAAAAUCUAAUGUUUAUCGUGCUAAGGGAUGGCACAGGCUUUCUUCAGUGCGUCUUGACGGAUGAACUGUGCCAGUGCUACAAUGGGGUCAUCCUCUCCACUGAGAGCACCGUUGCCGUCUAUGGAACACUCAACCUGGUCCCUGAAGGCAAGCAGGCUCCAGGAGGCCACGAGUUGUCCUGCGACUACUGGGAGCUCAUUGGCCUGGCUCCGGCCGGCGGAGUCGAUAACUUGGUCAACGAAGAGUCGGACGUGGACGUGCAGCUGAACAACCGGCACGUGAUGAUUCGAGGGGACACCCUGACCAAAAUCUUGAAGGUGCGCUCCACGGUUGUCCAGUGCUUCCGGGACCACUUCUUCGACCGGGGCUACUACGAAGUCGCCCCACCAACGCUGGUCCAAACGCAGGUUGAAGGAGGCUCGACCCUCUUCAAGCUGGACUACUUUGGGGAAGAGGCGUAUUUGACACAGUCAUCCCAGCUGUACUUGGAGACCUGCAUCCCGGCCUUGGGGGACACAUUUUGCAUCGCCCAGUCGUACCGAGCGGAGCAGUCUCGCACCCGCAGGCACCUGGCUGAAUACACGCACAUCGAAGCGGAAUGCCCUUUCAUCACCUACGAAGACCUCCUGGACCGUUUGGAGGACCUCGUCUGCGAUGUGGUGGACCGAGUCUUGAAAUCGCCCGUGUCAGCCUUGGUGUACGAGCUCCACCCCGAAAUUCAGCCCCCCAAGCGACCCUUUAGGCGAAUGAACUACGCAGACGCCGUUGUAUGGCUCAAGGAGCACGACGUGAAGAAGGAAGACGGCACCUAUUACGAAUUUGGAGAAGACAUCCCGGAGGCUCCAGAGAGACGCAUGACAGAUACCAUCAACGAGCCGAUCCUGUUGUGUCGAUUUCCCGCUGAGAUUAAGUCCUUCUACAUGCAGCGCUGCCCGGAGGAUUCCCGCCUGACUGAAUCGGUUGACGUCUUGAUGCCCAACGUUGGCGAGAUCGUCGGCGGUUCGAUGCGUAUUUGGGACAGCGAAGAGCUGCUGGCCGGGUACAAGAGGGAAGGCAUCGACCCCACACCUUACUACUGGUACACAGACCAGCGUAAGUUUGGCACCUGCCCUCACGGAGGCUACGGUUUGGGCUUGGAGAGGUUUCUGACCUGGAUUCUGAACAGGCAUCACAUUCGGGACGUGUGUCUCUACCCACGCUUCGUCCAGCGCUGCAAACCCUAGUAAAGGUCUUCUGGAUAAACUCUAGCCUAGCAAAACCCUGUCCCUAAAAAAUUAAAGAAUGCA